GCGCCGGCGCCUUUGAGGACGUGGCUUUGGAACCUUUUCCUCUUCUUUUUUGAUCUCUUCGCAACUUUGCUGCGCUGGGUUUUAUUUGAUUUAUUAUUAUUAUUAUUUUAUUUUAUUUUAUGAAGGAUCCUUUCCGCGCGGGGCAAGGAAGCGAUUGAAGGGGGCGCCAUGGCUUACCCCCCUGGAUAUGGGGGUCCAGUCUCCAAGCAUAGGACCAGGAUCCCCCCUGUGCCCCAAUCUCCAGAUGCCCCUCAACUCUUCGAUGACACCAGCUCUGGCUACGGGCCACCCCAGGCUGGAUACCCCCCACCUGGCAUCGACAUGAGCUUCAACCAGAUUUUUGCCGACCCCGUGGCUAACGUUGCCAUGGCUUACGGCUCCUCCAUUGCGUCCCAGGGGAAAGAAAUCGUCCAUAAAGAGAUCCACAGAUUUGUUCCUAUCAACAAGCUUAAAUACUUCUUUGCGGUGGACACCACGUAUGUGAUGAAGAAAUUAGGCCUGUUAAUCUUCCCUUACGUGCACCAGAAUUGGGAAGUCCGUUAUCAUCGCGAUAUUCCUCUGACUCCUCGCCAGGACAUCAACGCUCCCGAUCUCUAUAUUCCUAGUAUGGCCUUUAUCACGUAUAUUUUGCUGGCUGGAAUGGCGCUCGGGAUACAGAAAAGGUUUUCCCCGGAAGUCCUCGGGAUGUGUGCCAGCACGGCCUUUGUGUGGAUGGUGAUCGAAGUCCUCGCCCUUCUUCUGAGUCUCUACCUUGCAACCGUCCAAAGUGAUCUGGGCACGUUUGAUCUUCUGGCUUACUGCGGCUACAAAUACGUUGGGAUGAUCCUCACGGUGGUUGGGGGCUUGGUCUUUGGCCUCAACGGCUACUACAUCACUCUGGCGUGGGCUUCCUGUUCUCUUAUGUAUUUCAUGGUUCGCUCUCUACGGAUGAAGAUCCUUACUUCCGUGGUGCAAGACGGACUGAGCCGGACCACCGGCCGGGCGCAGAUGUACGUCACGCUAGGCGCUGCUGCCUUCCAGCCCUUAGUUCUGUACUGGUUGACGGCGCAAUUGGUGCAUUAAACAGAGGAGAUGAGACUUUGGGGGCGCACUUGCUCCUUUUUUUUCCGUUUUGGUUCACCCCCUCCCUCCCUCCUCCCCAAAUUUCACCACUCCCCUAGUUCUGUCUCUUCCUGCCCCCCUCCCUUUGGGGGGGGGCUUUCCACUGAGGACAACAAGGGGAUCCGUCCCCUUUGAAGAAUGAAGCGAAAGGCAGCUGGUUCUUCGCACUCGGGACUCCCGCCCAGGAGCAACGGAGGGCGGCCAGCUGUCCAAGUUGACGCUUGUCCACCACUCCGAAAUCUGUGUCCUCCUUUUUUUAAGAAAGAAAGAAAGAAAGAAAGAAAGAAAGAAAGAAAG